GAGAGAGAGAGAGAGAAAGAGGGAGGGAAGAGAGAGAGAGAGAGAGUUAGAAGGAUCCACCAGUCUGUUUACCGAAAUAGAUGCAGUGAAAUAAUCAGGAUAGGUGAGACAUGGUGAUUGUCUCCGCCAACGCUUCGCUUUUCCUCGGCCAGCGCUGCAACAGGUGAUGUAACAAGGAUCCGGGACAAUGGAAGGAGCAUCGCGGGGCCUUGUGGGCGUGGAAACCCUCGCCCUGGCGGUCAUACUGACACUGUGCUGCUUUUGCUGUUGCUUAUCUACCGUCCAAGCAAGCGAGUACUUCAUGGAGUCCUCGGACAAGGAGAUCCUGGACUUCCUCCUGCACAAGAGCAGAUACGACCGCAGGAUUCGGCCUCCCGUGGAAGUAGGCCCCCUGAAGGUGAACGUCAGCGUUCUUUUGUUGAGUCUCUCCUCCCCCGACGAGUCCAGUCUGAAAUACGAGGUGGAGUUGUUGUUACACCAACACUGGAUCGACCCGAGGUUGAAGCAUGACGACGCGGGAAGACAUCCGUACCUCAGCGGGAUCCACCACAUAAACGAGAUGUGGCUGCCUGACACCUACUUCAUCAUGCACGGGGAGUUUAAGACAGAUCUCUCCAAAGACGACAUCGCCUUAAAAAUUUACAGUGACGGGAAGGUCUCUUAUACGAUAAGGAGGUACCUGGUCCUGUCUUGCGAAGGAAAUUUGAACAAAUUCCCUUUCGACGACCCCUUCUGUACAUUUUCCAUGGAGAGCAUAUCGUACGAAAGGCACGAGCUGACCUACGCCUGGCUCAACAACACUGCGUCGGGCAACGGCACCUCCCUGGCCAAGUCGUCCAACUUGCGAGCACUCAACGCCUACAUGAUAAUGAACCGAACGGUCUUCUGCGAGGAGACCUUCUUCUGGAGAGGCCCGAGCCCGUUACAUGGAGGGGACUACAGCUGCCUGAAGGUGGAGCUGGAGUUCACGCGGGACGACGCCUUCUACCUGAGCACCGUCUUCUUCCCCGGGAUGGUGCUGGUGACGAGCUCCUUCAUCACCUUCUGGCUGGAGUGGAACGCCGUCCCGGCCCGCGUCAUGAUCGGCGUCACCACGAUGCUCAACUUCUUCACGACCUCCAACAGCUUCCGAUCGACGCUGCCCGUCGUGUCGAACCUGAGCGCCAUGAACCUGUGGGACAGCGUGUGCAUGUUCUUCAUCUACGUGUCGCUGCUGGAGUUCGUCGUGGUGAACUACGUCGGCCGCAAGCGACCGAAGCACAACAUGGCCUACAUGCCUGGAGAAAACGCGGUCAUCCAGGUAUUGACAGAGAACAGACACCGGAUCCCACAGGCCAUACACCGGAUCGGUCUGAGUUUGGUAAGCGGCUGGACGGAAAGGAAGCGUCCAAGUGGUCCUUUGGGCACGGGUGGAGGUAGUACCUGUGGUGGGGGCAUAGGCGACGUGGCAGCCGCCAACAGGAACUCCCAUGAACUGGUGUCUUGUGCCAACUGUGGCAACUCUCAGUGCUCGCAUGCCAACGCGCCAAAUAACUGUCCCAAUGGAGAGGAUGUGACUGUUCCAGAACCCGUGGAAGUCAGUCAGGUAGAGUACACUUUUAAGCCCCGCAAGAAAGAUCCUCCGCAUCCAAUCCGGGUGGCGAAGUCCAUCGACGUCAUAUCCCGGAUUGUGUUCCCCGUUGGGUAUUUCAUCUUUCUUUUUUACUUCUUUGCAACGUAUAGGGGUUUUGGCUGAGUCGUCCGCCAGUUCAUCCGCACCCCGCCGCCCCCCCUCACCCCUGAGCCAUCUCUCUCCCCCUUGUCU